AGGUGUGUGAAAGGACGGGCCGUCGUCAGGGAGUGCUCUUAUGAUUGAUGAGUAGAUGAAAGAGUCAUUUGCCCGUAUAUUGCACCGGAAAGCUGUUCAUUAAAAUAUUUCCCCGAGACGAUGUCCGAAGACAUUGCUACAACAUCUGCUCCGACAUCGUUGCCGGCAUCCGAUGAGAAAAUAAAUUCUCUCGCCGAAGACAUGGACAGCAAGCUUGCUCCUGCUGAAAAUUUCUGGUCUGUUUCACCGAACGGAGCGGUGAAACUACGGAUAGGGGCGACGAAAUACGACAGCGACGAGCCGAUAACCGUUCACGAGUUAUUUAAGCGAACUGUCGAGAAGUCGGGCAUCGCUUUUGCGCUUGCGGUGAAACGCGACGGAAAAUGGGAAAAAUGGACGUACAAACGGUACAUGCAGGAAUGUAGAACGGCAGCUAAGGGAUUUAUUAAGCUUGGUUUGAAUGAAUUUGGUGGUGUAGCAAUAAUCGGCUUCAACUCUCCCGAAUGGAUAAUUUCCAAUAUUGGUGCAAUUUUUGCGCGGGGAUUGGCCACCGGUGUCUAUACAACCAAUUCUCCCGAGGCGUGCAAAUACGUACUCGAAAACUCGCGCACGCGAAUCGCCGUCGUGGAAAAUAAGAUUCAGUUGGACAAGAUUCUCAAGAUUUGGGAUCAGUUGCCGGAUCUCAAAGCUGUUAUUCAAUAUCUUGGGGAAGUCGAAGAUAAAUCAAACCCUAAUGUGUAUACGUGGGAGGAUUUUAUGAAGUUGGGAGAGGCAUGUGAUGACACCGAAUUGGAUGCAAGGAUCACUGCUUUAAAGCCGAACGAAUGUUGCACCUUGGUCUAUACUUCUGGAACAACAGGAACUCCUAAGGGUGUGAUGCUGUCGCACGAUAACCUCGUGUUUAGCGGUCGAAUGUCUUCUCAAUGGGUGAAUUUACGUUAUGAGAACGAGCAUGCCAUAAGUUUUCUUCCUUUGAGCCAUAUCGCCGCUCAGAUUUUGGACAUUCAUAUGAGUAUUAUCAAUGCUGGAACGGUUUGGUUUGCUAAACCUGACGCGUUGAAGGGAAGUUUGGGUGAAACUCUCAAAGAAGUUCGACCCACUGUGUUAUUUGCAGUCCCUAGAGUGUGGGAAAAAAUCAUGGCAAAACUUCAGGAGGCUGGCCGCAGUACAACCGGAAUGAAGAAGCGAGUAUCUUCUUGGGCUAAAGGUGUUGGAUUGCGUGGUCACAUGAAUCUUGAAAAGGGACGCUCUUUGCCUUUAUCAUGGGGUUUAGCAAACGCUUUGGUCUUCAAGAAAGUCCGAAUCGCUCUAGGUCUUGAUCGCUGCCGAAUUAUGGCCUCGGGGGCAGCUCCUAUCACCAUGGAGACGCUACGUUACUUUCAAAGUCUCGACAUGCCCCUGUUCGAAGCAUAUGGCAUGAGCGAAUGCGCCGGUUCCUUGACAGUCGGAAAGCGAGGGAAAAAUAUUACGGGCUCAGUUGGGUCUCUGGUGAAUGGAUUUUAUUGUAAGAUCGAUGAUCCGGACGAAGAUGGAAAUGGAGAGAUUUGCGCGUUGGGUCGCCAUGUUUUCAUGGGUUAUUUGAACAACGAAGAGAAAACGAAGGAAGUGCUUGAUGAAGAUGGUUAUCUUCACACGGGGGACAUAGGAAAAUGCGACGAGAACGGAUUUUAUUUCAUCACAGGAAGAAUCAAAGAGAUAAUCAUCACAGCGGGAGGUGAAAACAUUGCUCCGAUUCCCAUCGAAGCUCAAAUCAAAUUGGAACUUCCAGUGAUUAGCAAUGUCGUUUUGAUUGGGGAUAAAAGGAAAUUCUUGUCAUGCUUGAUAACCAUAAAGUGUGAAAUGGAUUUGGAUAGCGGCGAACCAAAGGAUGAGCUCGCCGGUGCGGCCAAGGUCUGGUGUGAACAAAAUGGUGCUCAGAUCACCACCGUCUCAGAAUUUCUGCAAAUGGAGGACGACAAAUUAACGAAAGCAAUCCAAAAUGGCAUCGAUAGAUACAACGAGCAGGCUGUUUCACGAGCGCAAAAGGUUCAGAAAUGGUGCAUUUUAGAAAAAGAUUUUUCCAUACCUGGUGGUGAGCUGGGGCCGACGAUGAAAUUGAGAAGACCAAUUAUCUACAAGAUGUAUUCUUCCAAAAUAGACGCGCUUUACGAAUAAAUAAAACACUAGAUCUGAUUCGACAUGACACAAUAUGUCGAACUCCCAUUGGAGCACAACACCCACGUUAAUGAACAUAUGCUAUAUUUCAUUUUAAUAACGAUUUUGUGCUCUACUCAAACAUUGUGUAGCUAGUGUAAAUGCAGCCUUUUGGAUUCUAAAUUAAUCUAAAUAAAUUUUGUUUCGGUUUUGUUUGCUAGUAAAUGUUUAAACUCUGAAA